AUGGAGGAGGUAGCCCCCAAGAGCCCUACAUCCGUUGGAGCCGGCGACCAGCAAGUACCACCUGGAGAUGGCGGCGGCGAGGAGCAUGUAGGCCUCGAUGACCUAGACCUCAUCAGCCGCCUCCCCGACGAGGUGCUCGGCACCGUCAUCUCCCUCCUCCCCACCAGGGACGGCGCGCGCACGCAGGUCCUCUCGCGCCGGUGGCGUCCCCUCUGGCUCUCGUCCAAUGCGCCGCUCAACCUCGGCGCUGACUUCGCCCUCCGUGGGGAGGAGUGCACCCUCUGUUGUGCCACCCAUGAGUGCAUGCACAAGCGCAUCGCCUUCGUCUCCAAGAUCCUCGCCGACCACCCAGGCCCGACCCGACGCUUUGCGCUCCACCUCGUAUACUGGCCCAACAUCCCGGGCGUUGUCGACGGCUGGUUCCGCUCCAGGCCACUCUCCGGCCUUCAGGACCUCGAGGUCGUCAACAAAUCGAGCCGCUACGUGCUGCUGCCAUCGCACGCGCUGAUCCGCUUCGCGCCCACGCUUUGCCUGCUCAGCCUCAGCCAGUGUCGAUUUCCGGACCUGGGUGUGCCACCGAGUUUUCCGCACCUCAAAGAGCUUAUCAUGUACGAUGUCGGUAUCUCGGAGGACUCUUUCAAAACCUUCAUCUCCAGGUGCUCUGUUUUGCAAAGCGUUUCACUCCACAACAUGGAAUGUGGUCGCCUUUGCAUCAACUCGCCGACUAUCAGGAGCAUGAGCUUCUACGGCCGUUGGAGAAGUGUCAUCACUUUUCAGGAGCUGGUCAUUGAGGACGCCCCUUCCCUUGAGAGGUUGGUACCACUUGAUCCAGACGGUGGUCCAGCGACCAUCCGCAUAAUCCAGGCACCUAAACUGAAGAUACUUGGUUUGUUAUCUGGAGGCAUAUCCACACUCCGCAUUGGAACCACCGUUUUUCAGAAAAUGGUUGCCGUCAGCUUGAUAACCAAAAUGCACACAGUUAAGAUUUUACUUCUUGACACUAUUGGUCCUAAUCUGGACUCGGUUGUUAACUUCCUCAAGUGCUUCCCUUGCUUGGAGAAGUUGUAUGUCAUUUUGCAUCUAGAAAAGGAUAUUAACAAUGUGCGGGAGCAUGACCCACUUGAUCCAAUUGAAUGCCUUGAACUCAAUCUAAAAAAGGUGGUGUUGAAGAAUUAUGAUGGUAUCAAGAGGGCAAUAAUUAAUUUUGCCAAGUUCUUUAUUUUGAAUGCCAAAGUGCUGGAGGAAAUGGAAAUCGGAGUCCUCGGCCACGGCAAUGACAAACGGAUGCAGUAUCUACAUGAAGAGCUACAGGCGGAGAAUAGAGCUUCUCAAGAUGCACAAAUUGAACUAAAGAGGGAUGUACGACAAGAUUUCAAACACCAUAGGCAUACCCAUGAUUUUUCGGUGGCGGACCCUUUUGAUAGGCCCUGUGGACGGUUGCUAUAG